UAAAAUUAUUUGAAAACGACUUGUAUGAUUCACGUUAGAUGAGAGAUGCGACAAGGGUUUAUAGAACCUAAUAAUAAUAUUUUAGCGGUGUCGGCGACGGCGACGGCGAUGAUUGUUUUGGCGGUGGCGAUGACGGCGUUUGCUUGUCAAGCGGCGGCGACCGGCGUCAAUCUCCACCCUAUUAUUCUGGUGCCGGGAAACGGAGGUAAUCAGUUAGAAGGAAGAUUAACGGAUGAAUAUAAACCUCCGACGACAUUCUGUGCUUUAAAUGGAUGGAAUAAACAUCAUUGGUUUAAUCUUUGGUUUGAUCCAACGGUUGUAGUGGCGCCAUAUACGCAGUGUUUUUCCGAUCGAAUGACGCUUGUUUAUGAUCAAGAUCUGGAUGAUUAUAGGAAUAUGCAAGGGGUUGAAACUAGGGUUCUUGAUUUUGGAUCAACUAGUUCUUUGCUUUAUCUCAAUCCUUAUUUCAAGCACCUUACAUCUUACAUGGCUCCCCUUGUGAAAUCCCUAGAGGAAAUAGGUUAUGUUGAUGGAAAAACUAUAUUUGGGGCACCUUAUGAUUUUCGUUACGGUUUAGCCCCCGAAGGACAUCCCAAUAGUGUUGGAUCCAAGUUUCUCGAUGACUUGAAACAACUAAUAGAAGACGCAUAUUCUUCGAAUGGUGGCAAGCCCGUGAUCCUCAUUUCACAUAGUCUCGGAGCCCUAUUCGUGCACCAACUCCUCAUUCGUAGCUCAUUAUCGUGGCGUCGUAAUCAUGUCAAGCAUUUCAUUGCGUUGUCGCCCCCGUGGGGUGGUACAACCGUUGAGAUGCUCACUUUCGCGUCGGGGUACACCCUUGAUGUUCCUCUCGUACAACCUUUGCUAGUUAGAGGCGAGCAAAGGAGCUCCGAGAGUAACAUGUGGCUCAUGCCAAAUCCUAGGAUUUUUGGUCGGAACAAAACCUUAGUUAUCACCCCUAAAUCCUCAUUCACGGCAUUUGACAUAGAACGAUUUCUUGUUGACAUAGGAUAUUUGGAAGGGGUGCGACCAUAUAAAACACGCAUUUUGCCACUAGUGGAACGUUUGAAGGCACCUCAGAUCCCAGUUACAAGUGUAAUUGGAUAUGGGGUCAACACUCCCGAAACUUUGUUUUAUGGGGAUGAUGGGUAUGACAAGCAACCGGAUAUUAUUUAUGGAGAUGGAGACGGGACGGUGAACUUGGUUAGUUUGUUAGCGGCGGAAUCAGAAUGGCGAGAAGAGCGAAAUCAGUCGCAUAAAGUUAUUAAGUUGUCGGGAUUAUCUCACACGGAUGUAUUGAGUGCGAAGAUUGCUCUUAGUGAAAUUGUGGAAGAAAUUUGUGUUAUUAAUGGCAACAAAAAUAGCCUUAACUCUUAUUAUAAAUGAACACUCAUUGAAAAAAAAUUCAUUUCAUAUAUAUAUAUACUAUAUUAAAAUGUUGAAGUCCAUUGUAGUUGAUCACAUUUAUUUUCUUUUCUGAUCAAUAAAAUUAUUAUUAUUGUCAAAUUUAGAUUUUAGCAUCCCAUUAAAUAAUAUGUACAAUUUUUA